GGGUAAAAAGGGAGAUUACUAAUUUGACGACACAUACAACUUCGGGUAUCUUUCUACUAUCUACAGUCGACUAUUAUACUCCUUCUUUGUAGAAAGAUUAUUAUUGUGCAGAGCGCAAACAACGAAUAAUAAAAAACCGCAGGUACUACUUCCAACAGCAGUGCAACAGUCAGUCGGACCCAUUGUCUUAGAAUAAUGUCCAGCUACACCCUUUUGGUUGGCGGUUACAGGCCUAACUACUCUCUCAUCUCCUUUGACCCUUCUUCCGCUCAAUUGAAGGUCAUUUCCGACUCUCCAGCUCCAGAAAAUGCCUCUUGGGUUGAGCCAGCGAGCUUGUCUGAAGAGAAUGAUGGAUCAAGGAUCUUCUAUUCUCUGUCCGAAAGCAAGGGCAAGGCUGUGAGCUUGAAAGUCGAAGGAGAGAAAGUGACAGUGGUUAGCGAACGAGAUACUCAUGGAGGCUCUUGUCAUGUUCACGUUAUGAAGGACAGGUCAGGUAUUGCCGUUGCCAACUAUCUAGGAGGUUCUAUCAUAUUCUUCCCCAUCACCUCCGACUCCACUCUCUCAAGCUCGUCGGCAUCUCCUCUUCUCAAGUUUUCUCUAGUUUAUGAAGAGCAGCAGCAGAUUGCUCCCAACCCCGAGCGUCAGGACGCCGCUCACUGUCAUCAGAUUAUCGAGGGGGAUGAGGGGACUCUAUAUGUUCCAGAUCUAGGCAAUGACCGGGUCUGGGUAGUAUGGAGAGAGGGGGAGAGUGGGCUGAGUAUCAAGGGCUGGUGCCAAGCGCCUCCGGGCUCUGGCCCUCGCCAUGCCUGUAUUUCAAACGAUGGCAAACAUCUUUACGUGCUCACGGAACUGUCCAACAGCCUCAUAACAUUCCCCCUCUCCGACCCAACUUAUCCUAUUAUCCCUCGUCCUGACUCUCAGCUCAGUGUGAUUCCCCCGUCCGUUCCCAAAAAGUAUCACAAGUACAUGAAUGCCGCCGAGCUGGUUGCCCACCCGGUACAUCCAGUCUUGUAUGCCUCCAACCGCCUUGAAAUGGACCUUUCGGAAUCCACCAAGGGGGAAUUCAAACCUUCAGUGACAGGCGAUGCGGUGGCUAUAGCGACUCUUACCUCCGAUGGCAAGCUUGGUAGUGUUCAACAUGUGAGGACUGGGUGCAAUGCCGUCCGUGCGAUGCAGCUCAGCCCGGAUGGCAAAUUUGUUGCUCUUGCCGGGCAAAACGGAGGUGGCAUGGAAAUCUGGAAUGUCGGUGACGAUGGCAAGGCAUGGACUCUGGUUUGUAGAAAUGAGAAGCUCGAGGGUAUAACGGACGUCGCAUGGUUGUAAACGCUUGACCUAUUUAUAGAUCCCUGAGUAAGAUUCACUGAAGUAGCAAUGAGAGACUGUACAGGAUGCAGAUAUUGUAACAUUUCAACUGCCGCAAUCUACUGUCAGGAGAU